AUGAAGAAAAUUUUUGAGUUUGCUCCUGAUGCAAUUGAGUACCUUGAGGAACACCAUUCUAGGAUUUGGUACAGAUGUGCCUUCUCAGAGCUUAGCAAGUGUGAUUACCUAACUAACAAUGUGUUAGAGAGUUUCAAUGCACAGAUUAAAAAGCUGAAGGGACUUCACCUCCAUGAGUUGUGUGAUAGGCUGAGGGAGUUCAUAAUGGAGAAGAGGUACAUUAGGAAGAAAAUUGCAAGGCAAUGGGAGGAUGGCAUCCUCCCAAGUGUACUCAAGGAUCUCAAUGCCAUUAGCAAAAAUUUGAAAGUAGUCAAGGUUGCAACCUGUGAUGAUGGCAUUGCAGAGGUCACAAUAUUAGAUGACUGGAACAACUAG